AUGGCUGCUGUGCCGGCGAGCAGCCCCGCGACUGGCGAGAAGCCCGCCGUCUUGAUAAUUGGGGGUUUGGGCUACACCGGCCGCUUCCUCGCAAAGUACCUCCACGAGAGCAACCUCGCGUCCGAGAUCCGCCUCGUCGACAAACACCUCCCCGAGCUCGCAUGGCUCGCCCCAGAGUUCAAGGAAGUGUGCUCGAAAGAGCGCUUCGUGCAGGCCGAUGCAUCGCGAGAACAAUCCUUCCCGCGAAUAUUCGACCGCGCGAACGGCACGCAGUUCGACUACGUCUUCAACUGCGGCGGCGAGACGCGCUUCUCACAGGAGGAUGAGGUCUACAAGAUGCGGUCAUACGAACUAUCCAUAUCCUUGGGCAAGGAGGCAGCCAAGCGCAACAUCAGAUGCUUCGUCGAGACCAGCACCGGCAUGGUAUACAAGCCCGACGCCGUUCCGCGAAAAGAGACGGACAAGCUGAAGCCGUGGUGUAAGCUAGCAAAGUGGAAGCUACAAGCCGAGGAAGACAUGGCGAAGAUCGAGGGGCUCAACCUGCUCGUGUUGCGCAUGGCCCAUGUCUACGGCCCGUAUACCAGCAAGUUCCUGUCCACAGCGCUCUGCAUGGCAAGAGUGUACCAGUUCCUCGGCAAGGAGAUGAAAUUCCUGUGGAAGGAGGAUCUGCGGACAAAUACGGUGCAUGUCGACGAUGCGGUACGGGCGCUGUGGGCGGGCGCCGAGUGGUACGUCAAGGAACCACCGCCGCGGAAGCCAGUGCCUAUCUUCAACAUCGUCGAUCACGGUAACACAUCUCAAGGCGUCAUGUCCAAAUUAAUACACGACACGUUCAAUAUCGAGACGGGCUUCUUUGGCACCCUGAUCUCGGCGUUUGCGCGGUUAAACUUGGAACAUGUGGUCGACGAGGUGAAUGAUGAGACGCUAGACCCAUGGGCGGAUUUGCAGACAAAGGCUGGUAUUAGCCAGUCGACGCCGUUAAGUCCGUUCAUGGAGAAGGAGAUUCUCAAAGAUACCGAUCUGAGUCUGGACGGCAGUCUGUUUGAGAAGGAAACAGGAUUUAAGUAUCAGCAUGAGAAGCUGACAAGAGAGAAGGUUGAGGAGGUGAUAGAAAGCUACAAGACGAUGGGGUGGUGGCCGUAG